AUGGGUUCCUCCCAGAGUUCUGAAGUACCAGGAGGUGGUUCAGAAGGAUAUCAUGUUUUGCGGGUUCAGGACGGAUCCCCAGGUCAACAGGCAAAACUUGAAGCAUUCUUUGAUUUUAUAGUAGCAAUAGAAGAUACUAGAUUAGACCAGGACAAUGACACUUUAAAAGACUUGCUAAAGAAAAAUGUUGAUAAAACAAUUAAAAUGUUAAUUUUUAGUAGUAAAACUCAAACUGUGAGGGAAGUAAUGAUAACACCUAGUGCCAAUUGGGGUGGUCAAGGCCUUCUAGGAGUUAGCAUAAGGUUUUGUUCCUUUGAGGGAGCCAAUGAGAAUGUCUGGCAUGUAUUGGAAGUGCAUCCUUCAUCUCCUGCAGAACUGGCAGGCUUGCGGCCAUUUUCAGAUUAUAUAAUAGGUGCAGAUUCUAUUAUGCAUGAGAGUGAAGACUUGUUUACCUUAAUUGAAGCACAUGAAGGCAGAGCUCUCAAGUUGUAUGUAUACAAUGUAAACGAUGACACAUGCCGUGAAGUGCAUAUCACACCUAAUCAUAAUUGGGGAGGUGAAGGCAGCCUCGGAUGUGGGAUAGGCUAUGGCUAUUUGCAUAGAAUCCCAUUAAGGAAUAUGGAAGCUCCCGUUUAUGGAUCUGGACCACCAAAAGCAGCUCAGCAAACAUAUAAUAUUCCUCAAAAUCUGAUGCAAGGUGUGCAAAAUCUGAACAUAAGUGAUGAAAAAACUCCAUUAAUGUCUACACCUCCUGUGACUAACAUUCAACCAGAUUAUAAUCAAAGUGCUCCACCACCUUUCUUAUCUGGAGUACCAAUGGUAAAUCCUGGAAACUUUACCCCUGCUGGUGGACCUCCUAAUAUUGCUGCAGGUCAAGUUAAUGUUCAGCAACAAGCUGUGCCACAGAUAAAUCCUUCACAACAUAUUUCUCAAGCACAAUCUGUUGUAUCCAACAUGGCAGCUUAUUCUAGCAAUUUAGCUGAUGCAACAUUAACUAAUUUGGGCAGUAUACCAUCUGUGUCAAAUAUGCAGCCACCAGCGCCGUUGCCCAAUUUACCAGGAAUUCCUAUGAAUCAACCACAGCCAUAUAUACCUAUGAUGCCUAAUUACACAACAUCACAAGUUCCAACACCCACUAGUUUUCCACAGAGUUCACCAAAUUUAGUACCAACAUUUGAUAUGAGCAGUUUUGCUCAGACACCUAUCCAACCACCUCCAAUAUCCAGUGGACUUCCUGUAGUCACACCAGUCUCAUUACCAGGAAUGCCAUCAAUAACAGUUAGUGCUACACUUCCUGUUUCUACAAUGCAAGAAAUUCAUCAACAGCAGUCACAACAGCAACAAGAUUUGUUAUCGUGA